CUUCUGCCCAUAUACAGAGAGCACAUGGAAGUGUCAGGAAGGGCCCAGAACACUAAGUUAGGAAUAUAAAAGUGCCGGGGCUGUGACUGGCUGCAGUACUGAGAAGCAAGAAAGCAGCAGCGCACAAACAAGCACAAUCUCUCCAGCUCUUCUCUGACAAGAAGCUCCAGGAAAUCAGCAGAAGAUGUUUCCUGUCAGCCUCCUACAGCCCUCACACUCCCCUCUGUGUCCCUGCAGCCAGCCUGCACUCACACUCUGGCCAGCCACUCGCCUCAUCCUUGGCCAGCUGGGAGAUGACAUUCUGAGCAUGAGGAAUGACAUGGAGAGGAGAAUGCAGUGUGUGAAUGAGGCUUAUCGGCUCCUCUCUCAGGACAUGGAUAUGAGAAGAAUAACAGACCAGAGCCGACAGCCCAGAGCCGCAGAAACUGAGGGGACCUCUCCCAGCUCAGGCAAAGAUGGGAAGGAUCACUUUGAGCUGACGCUGGAUGUGAGGGACUUUUCUCCUCAUGAACUAACAGUGAAAAUGCAGGGAAGGAGAGUGAUUGUGACAGGAAAACAUGAGAGGAAAAGUGACAGUGAGGAUGGGAGCUACGUCCAUGAAUACAGACAGUGGAAGAGAGAAGCUGAACUGCCAGAAGGUGUGAAUCCUGAGCAAGUUGUGUGCUCCUUAUCCAAGGACGGGCACCUACAUAUUCAGGCUCCUCGGCUGGCACUGCCACCUGCCCCAGAGAGACCCAUUCCUAUCAGCAUGGAUCCGGCCCCCAGAGAUGCACAGGAAAUCCCACCCGAUGCCCAGAACAGCAAUGCAGAUGGCGAGCAACAGAUGGACUGAAAUCUCCCUGAUAACAUAAACCUUUAUAUGUCUAAAUAUUGAUAUUAUUAUUAUAUUUUAAUAUGAUUUUUAGCAAAUCAAAAUGCAUAUAUUUUAUAGUGACAAAAUAUAGUCUUUUUUUUUUAAUAAAGCAAAUUAAAAUAUGU